GCUUGUAUUGAACCCAAAUUUCAUCUUUUACUUUCCAAACUCUCUCAAUCCCACACCAUUAUUGUUGUACACAUUAAUCCACAUCCUUAUAAACUUAAUUACUUAAUUCAAUUUAAUUCCCACAUUUCAUAAAAAUAAGUUAUAAAAUAAAAUAUCUAUACUAUAGAAUAUAGAUUGCAUUUUUCAUUUGUGUACCACCAAGCUCCAGCAGCAACAGAUUUUAGCCAUAGAUUCACUCUCCUCUUUCCUCCCUUAAAACCCAAGACACUGAAAAUCAAAACCCAAUUUCCAUUUUUUUAAAGCUUCAAACCAAUCAACAAUGGCGACUAACCAUUUACUAUCUUCAAGCUUCCUUGGAAAUGGCGUCCUAAUCUACCCGCCAACACCCAAAACCACAAAACCCUCUUUAGCUUCUCCAAGAAGAAAACAAUUCAUCACUCAAUCCUUAACCCCCAAUUCUCAAAACCCUAAUUUUCCAUCAAAAUCAGCUUUAACAGCUUUAAUUUUAUCUUCAACUCUUGCUUCACAGCAAGCUUUUGCUGCGGAUAAUAUCUCUCCUCCACCGCAACCACCCCAGGUAAUUGAAGCUCAACCCAACAAUCCUGGUCUCCCAAAUUCAACCCCCUUUUCGCAAAAUUUAGUCUUGAAUGCUCCGAAACCUUCGAAUUCGGAUCUUCCAGAAGGUUCUCAAUGGAGGUACAGUGAGUUCUUGAAUGCAGUGAAGAAGGGUAAGGUUGAAAGGGUGCGAUUCAGUAAGGAUGGUUCUGUUUUACAGUUAACUGCAAUUGAUGGUAAAAGAGCUUCUGUAGUCGUUCCUAAUGAUCCUGAUCUUAUUGAUAUUUUGGCAAUGAAUGGUGUAGAUAUCUCUGUUUCUGAAGGGGAGGGUGGAAAUGGGUUGUUUAGUUUUAUUGGGAAUUUGUUGUUUCCUAUUAUUGCUUUUGCAGGGUUGUUUUUCUUGUUCCGUCGGGCCCAAGGUGGGCCCGGCGGGCCUGGUGGACUUGGCGGGCCGAUGGAUUUCGGCCGGUCGAAGUCUAAGUUCCAGGAAGUGCCGGAAACUGGUGUGACAUUUGCCGAUGUUGCCGGUGCUGAUCAGGCUAAGCUAGAAUUGCAGGAAGUUGUGGACUUUUUGAAGAACCCUGAUAAGUACACUGCAUUGGGGGCUAAAAUCCCAAAAGGGUGUCUCCUUGUGGGGCCCCCUGGAACCGGAAAGACAUUGUUGGCGAGGGCGGUCGCUGGUGAGGCCGGUGUGCCGUUCUUUUCGUGUGCAGCUUCGGAGUUUGUGGAGCUGUUUGUUGGUGUGGGAGCUUCCAGGGUGAGGGAUUUGUUUGAGAAGGCGAAGAGUAAAGCGCCUUGCAUUGUGUUUAUUGAUGAAAUUGAUGCUGUUGGGAGGCAAAGAGGAGCAGGAAUGGGAGGUGGAAAUGAUGAGAGGGAGCAGACUAUCAAUCAGUUGUUGACUGAGAUGGAUGGGUUUUCAGGGAAUUCAGGAGUGAUUGUUUUGGCUGCCACUAAUAGGCCUGAUGUUCUUGAUUCUGCUUUGCUGAGGCCAGGGAGGUUUGAUCGUCAAGUGACCGUUGAUCGGCCUGAUGUUGCAGGGAGAGUUAAGAUCCUUCAGGUACACUCUCGUGGAAAGGCACUAGCGAAGGAUGUGGACUUUGAAAAGAUUGCGAGGAGAACCCCUGGUUUUACUGGAGCAGACUUGCAGAAUCUGAUGAAUGAAGCAGCAAUCCUUGCAGCUAGAAGAGAUCUUAAGGAAAUAAGCAAAGAUGAAAUAUCAGAUGCUCUAGAGAGAAUUAUUGCUGGUCCAGAAAAGAAAAAUGCAGUUGUAUCAGAGGAGAAGAAGCGAUUAGUAGCUUAUCACGAGGCCGGUCAUGCCUUAGUGGGUGCUCUUAUGCCUGAAUAUGAUCCUGUAGCCAAAAUUUCAAUCAUUCCUCGUGGUCAAGCAGGUGGUCUCACAUUUUUUGCCCCAAGUGAAGAAAGGCUGGAAUCAGGCCUUUACAGCAGAAGCUAUCUCGAAAACCAGAUGGCCGUUGCUCUUGGUGGCAGGGUAGCUGAAGAGGUUAUAUUCGGUGAAGACAAUGUUACAACAGGUGCAUCUAAUGACUUCAUGCAAGUUUCAAGGGUUGCCAGGCAGAUGGUUGAAAGAUUUGGGUUCAGCAAGAAAAUUGGACAACUUGCUGUCGGUGGAGCUGGUGGAAAUCCAUUCUUGGGCCAGCAGAUGUCAAGUCAGAAAGAUUACUCAAUGGCAACUGCCGAUGUGGUUGAUGGUGAAGUGAGAGAGUUGGUUGAGGUUGCAUACAAAAGGGCGAAGGACAUCAUCAACACCCACAUUGACAUCCUCCACAAACUUGCUCAGCUACUCAUUGAAAAGGAGACUGUUGAUGGGGAAGAGUUCAUGAGCUUGUUCAUUGAUGGCAAAGCUGAAUUAUAUGUUUCUUAAAGUCAGGUCAUUAAUUCCUGAUUUCUUGUAGUAUAUGAUUCAAGUGCAUCAGUUUCCAUGCUUGUACAAAACUUGUUAGAUAAUACAUUAAUACAUACUGCAUAUUUGAAAAAAAUGAGACAACUUUCCGUGUACAAAAUUCGAUGAAUGAACUGGCUUCUUCUACUA